UUAGUUCCACUGCUAGCUUCAUUUGCUAAGAAAACGAUGUUUUUAAAGGGAAACCAAGGUUGAUGAGGUCUGUUGUGGGCACAGCAGGUGGAAGGUUGUUGCUGGUUGCUGGGUGCCGUGGAGCAGAGGAGCUGUGCCAUACCCCCCCCGUUUGUCCUCUCAUGCCCCCCCCCUGUGUGCGUCUCCCAGCCUAUCAGUGACCCCACGCCCCCACCCAGCCCCUACCUGACCCAUCCCGUCGUGUUGCCGCCCAAGCCCCGAGCCCCCUUCUCACCCCAUGCUUGGGACAAAGCCAGCUCACUGCCAGCCCAAUGACUGCCUGGAUCGUCCUGCCUGUCAGCUUGGCUGCCUUCUCCAUCACAGGAAUAUGGAUAGUGUAUGCGAUGGCUGUGAUGAAUCACCAUGUUUGUCCUGUAGAGAACUGGUCUUACAACGUCACAUGCACAGAGGAGUUGCCCCGACCAGGAUUCCCCAAGACCUGCUGCACCAUCCAGGACAUCCCCCUCAUCAGUAAAUGUGGCUCAUUCCCUCCUGAAAGCUGUUUGUUCAGCCUGAUUGGCAACGUUGGAGCCUUUAUGGUGGUGAUGGUGUGCUUCCUGCGCUACGCCCAGGUGAUCGAACACAGCCACCAGUGUUGGAUCAACACCAGCGCUCUGGUGUCUGGCUGCACCAACGCCGUCGGUCUGGUCAUGGUUGGAAACUUCCAGGUUGAUCACGCCAAAUCUCUCCAUUACGUGGGCGCCGGUGUGGCGUUUCCUGCAGGGCUGCUGUUUGUGUGCUUGCAGUGCGUCCUCACCUACCGAGUGGCUGUGACCACCCUGGACUACUGGAUGGCUCACUUCCGGGUGGCUCUGGCGCUGGGAGCCAUGGUCUCCCUGGUCCUCAGCGGCAUCUUCUUCAUCCACGAGAGCUUCGUCCUGCAGCACGCCGCCGCCAUCUGCGAGUGGGUCUUCACCGUGGACAUCCUGGUCUUCUACGGCACCUUCACCUACGAGUUCGGCACCGUCACCACCGAGACCAUGAUGGCCGGCCUGCAGCAGAGCCAGCACGGCUCGGGGGUCAUCAUGGACCCCAUGUCCAGGGCGUCGACGCUGGGUGGGGCCACCAAGGGCCUGAAGUCCCCCGGUGGCAGCAGCACGUCCACACACCUCAACUGCACCCCAGAGAGCAUAGCUAUGUUGUAGCUCCGUCUGGAAAAAAAAUAAAACAAAAACUAAGUCACUGCA